GGGAGGGCACGGAGCGCCGCGGGCUGCGGUGCGGAGCGGGUACGGAGGGGCCGGGGGCGCGGGCUCCGCCGUCCCGUGACUGCGGAGGGGCCGCUCCCCGCGCCCGGCGCUACACGCGGGCUGUGCUGGGCUCUGCUUCGCAGGGGCGGCCGCGCGGAGCCAGAGAGCCCUGAGCCGAGCCCCCCGGCUGGGAAGGAGCCGACAUGGACCUUUCACCGCUUCCCGGCGCGCGUGUUUCUGUUUGUCAGGACGUGGGGCUUCUGCUGGUGCUGCUGGAGGUCGUGCUGUCGGCCGGCAGAGUCGAUGCCAGCUUUCUUCAUCAUCCCUGAUAACUAGAAAAUCCUUCUUCUGACUCCUGCAAUAUCAGCUUCUGAGACCACCUAAGUAGCUUCUGUGGAGACACUCUUUAUUCCUAGAAAUGCUGUGUUGGGAAAGCAGAGCUUACAUUAAGAUGUCCCAGCACACUUUCUCUGAAGUCCACCAUUGCAUCAGAUGAGGAAUGGCAUGUUGGAUGGUAGAGGAGGAUUUGUUGUGUCUUAAAAGCAACUCCUUCUGGAUUCCAUCUGGCUUGCUCAGUAAUUGUGAGCUUGGAUGAAAGCUACAAAAUUAGAAGUGCUUUCAUGAAAAUGUGAAGGGGUGGAAAGAGUUACACAGGACCAUGUGGAGGAAGAGACUGCAGUGGAGGAUGCCAAUGUUUCCCUGAAAAAGGAGCCCGUGGCCAGCCAGGAAUCCUUGGAUCGCAGGGGUUCCCUGGACCACCAGGAUUGAUGGGGAUCCCAGGACUGCAAGGCCCUAAAGGUCACAAGGGUGAAAGAGGACAUCCAGGAAUAAGUGGACCCAAAGGAGAAACGGGGCAAAGAGGAGUCACUGGUUUCCCAGGGGCAGAUGGCGUUCCUGGUCAUCCAGGGCAGCCAGGAUCAAGGGGGAAGCCAGGUCAUGAUGGCUGUAAUGGGACAGUAGGUGACCCAGGUGACCCAGGAACACCAGGACACUCUGGUUUCCCUGGUACCAUUGGAGUUCAAGGACCAAAGGGCCAGAAGGGGGAGCCCUAUGUGCUACCGCCAGACAUCGCCAGCCGACAUCGGGGGGAUCCUGGGGACCCAGGAUUCACUGGUUUUCCGGGUGCUCCGGGUACAUUGGGUAUUCAAGGACCUAUUGGUCCAAGAGGAGUGCCAGGAAGACCUGGACCACCGGGGUCCCCAGGACCGCAAGGACCACAAGGCAACAGAGGUCUUGGCUUCUAUGGCGAAAAAGGUGAACAGGGCUCCCCAGGUCCUCCAGGUCCACCUGGACUUCCCACAAGAGAACUGAUUGGUGUCCCCACUGACAAACACAAAGGUGAAAGAGGAGAGCCUGGACAAAAAGGGGAAGCUGGAUUUCCAGGUGUACUUCUCUUCGCUCCUGAAAAAGGUGAAGAAGGAGUAAUGGGCUUCCCAGGACAAAGGGGACUGCCUGGUAACGAUGGUUUUCCAGGACUCAGUGGAGAAAGAGGUUUUCCAGGAUUUGAUGGUCAACCAGGUCAAUAUGGUCCUAGAGGAGGCAAGGGGGAGCAGGGUGAGAUGGGUCCUCCAGGACCACCUGCCUAUGUUCCUUACCGCAUUCCAAGAAAAGGUGUAAGAGGUGAUCCAGGCUCUCCAGGUGCUUCUGGACUACGGGGAGAACAAGGAGAGCAGGGUGAUCGUGGGCUGCCUGGUAUUCCAGGAUUCUCUGAUGGAGAUGCAGAUAAGCCAGGCUUACCUGGAGAAAUAGGACCAAAAGGUGAAAAAGGUGAAGAAGGAUCUCCUGCUUAUCAAGCAGGCCCGCCUGGGUUUCCAGGUAAACACGGUGAACCAGGAAUCCGUGGUCCACCUGGUCCCCCUGGAACUCCAGGUUCUCUCUUCGGAUUAAAAGGACAGGAAGGGACACCAGGUAGACCUGGUGUACAAGGUUUUCCAGGGCCAAGAGGACAAAGAGGACCUAAAGGCGAAGAAGGUGACUGCAGUAAAUGCCUUCUGAGUGAUGAACUCAGAAGGGGCUCUACUGGCCCCCGUGGUCCUCCUGGUUUUCCAGGAACCCCUGGCCAGCCUGGGAGAAAAGGAGAACCUGGUGAUCAAGGUCCACAUGGUAUUCCUGGCUAUGCUGGAGCAAAAGGACAAUCGGGCCAAGAAGGAUUACCUGGACCAAAAGGAGAAAAGGGAGAUUCUAUAUACAUAACUACUAAAGGCACCAAAGGAAUCCGAGGAGAUCCUGGACUUCCUGGUAUCAGAGGGGAAGAUGGUUUCCCAGGCAGAGAUGGAUUAGAUGGUUUACCAGGACUGCCUGGCCUUCCGGGUGAUGGUAUCAGAGGUCUCCCCGGGGAUCCUGGUUAUCCAGGAGAAUUAGGCCCAAAGGGCUUUCCAGGAGAAAUAGGCCUACCAGGUGAAGGAUAUCCUGGCCCAAAAGGAUACCGUGGUCUUCCAGGUGACCGUGGAACAGAUGGACACCCUGGGCCUCCAGGUCUGCCUGGUCCACCAGGAGAGCCUGGCCAAUUAGACUGCGGGCAGGUGAUUGAAGAUUUUUCUAGAGGAGAAGCAACUGAUCCAGUAUGGUCAGGUGGAGGCUGCGUGAGGCCACCAAAGGGAUCUCAAGGCAACCCAGGGCUGCCAGGAGCCACAGGUACUAAAGGUGCAAGAGGAUUCCCGGGUGAUCCAGGCCCAGUGGGAUUCCCAGGGCUAAAUGGUACACGAGGUGAUCCAGGUCGGGAAGGAUAUCCAGGUCCUCCAGGCUUUAUUGGGCCCCGGGGAGACAGAGGCCCAAAUGGCCUACCUGGACUACAGGGACAUCCAGGUCUUAUGGGAAAGUCUGGUGCUCCAGGACUUGCUGGACAGAAGGGUGCUCCUGGUGACGUUCUGGGAGCAGCAGCAGGUCCUCGAGGGGAUGAUGGGCUGCCUGGCUUCCCUGGCUUGAAAGGUGCACCAGGAGAUCAAGGAAUACCAGGAAUUAGAGGAGCGGACGGUAACCCAGGAUUGCCAGGCCCCAAAGGUGACCCAGGGCUGCAAGGUCUCCCUGGUUUGAUGGGUUUGCCAGGAACACCAGGAACUCAUGGAUUCCCAGGGCCACCAGGAAACCGCGGCCCUGACGGUGGACCUGGCUCUCAAGGACCCCUUGGUCCACCAGGUGCAAGGGGAGAAGAUGGCGAGCAAGGCUUUCCUGGUCCCGUGGGCAUGAAAGGUCUGUCUGGUGACAAAGGUGAAACAGGUUUCCCAGGAUUACAAGGUAUCCCUGGUGUGACCGGUCCCCCUGGCAUUAGUGGGAUGGAUGGCUUCCCAGGAGACAAAGGCUCAAGAGGUUCACCUGGCAUUGAUGGUUUCAAAGGCAUGCCAGGCCUGAAAGGAAGACCAGGAAUCAAAGGAAUCAAAGGAGAAUUUGGCUUACUUGGGACUCGGGGUGAUAAAGGCGCACAGGGCGCACGAGGCUUUAAAGGUGACCGUGGAGAGCAAGGCCCCCCGGGAGAGCCCCCGAAGCUGAAGCCUAGCAUGAUGAUGGAAGUUAAAGGUGAAAAAGGAGAUGCUGGAGAAACUGGCACCAAGGGAUUCUUUGGCAUAAAAGGUAGCAAGGGAAUGCCAGGCCUCCCCGGUAAGACAGGAAUUCCUGGGUCCCCAGGGCACCCCAGUUAUGUGCCUGGUGUGAAGGGGGACAUCGGUGCAAAAGGGCUGACGGGUCUGAAAGGGUAUCCUGGUCCGACUGGCUCUCCAGGCAUCAGAGGCUUCCCUGGCAGCACAGGAGGCAGGGGAGAUAAGGGUGCCCCAGGAAUUUCGGGCCAUUUUGGUACUCCUGGCUCCCAUGGUGAAAUUGGUGAGCCGGGCGAUACUAUAAACUUACCAGGAAUGCCAGGCCUCAAAGGGGAAGUUGGUGUGCCGGGUCUUACAGGCUUAAGAGGAGGCCCCGGACAAAAAGGUGAAGGAGGUGAUCCUGGUUUACCUGGCAUUGAAGGCCUCAAGGGCAUACAGGGUGUACCUGGCUCCUUGGGACAGAAAGGUUUGCCUGGACUGGUCGGCCCUCCAGGGCAGCAAGGAAGCCCCGGGACGCCUGGAUUCCAAGGAGAAAAAGGAGCUCCCGGCUGGCCUGGCUUACCAGGACAAGCAGGCUUGCCUGGCUUAAGAGGAAUCAGUGGACUGCAUGGUUUACCGGGCACCAAGGGCUUACCAGGAUCACCAGGUCCAGACGGCUAUGGCUCUGCGGGCUUCCCAGGCCCUGUGGGUGACAAAGGAGAAGCAGGAGAGCCCAGCAGAGUGGAGGGCAGCCAAGGCCCGCCGGGUCAGAAGGGAGACAGAGGUGUUCCAGGAGUCCAAGGACCCUUUGGCAUUCCUGGGCAGGAUGGACUUCCAGGGCCUCCUGGGAUUUCCAAUAUAUCAGGAUAUCCAGGCGAUACAGGUUCCCCAGGUCUAGAUGGAGUGCCAGGCUAUCCAGGACUACAUGGGCAGCCUGGAAUACCAGCUCCACCGGGAAGCAAGGGAGAAAGUGGACGAGCAGGUGUGAGCGGACAAGCUGGCCCCAAAGGGACAAGAGGUGAUCCUGGAUUACCAGGGAGACCUGGGAUUCCUGGUUAUCCUGGACCAAAAGGUCGUAAGGGUGAACAAGGUGUCAUUGGCUUUAUUGGCACAAUAGGAUUUCCAGGUGAUUUGGGACCCAUCGGACCCAAGGGGGAUAGAGGGCUUACUGGCUUUCAGGGCCCUCCAGGCUCUCCUGGGUUGCCACCAAUUCCUCCAAGGCUGGUUGCUGAGCAAGGUUCACCAGGUCCCCGUGGAAAUGCAGGGCCUCGGGGAAGUCCAGGUGAUGCAGGACCUCAAGGUCCACCAGGAGAACCAGGUCUCAGAGGCUUACCUGGAGAACCAGGACUCCAGGGCAGAGGUGGCAUUCCAGCUCCUCCUGGAUCCAGAGGUGAACAAGGAGCAAUGGGGUUUCAAGGUCCAGUGGGAUUUGAAGGCCAGCCAGGUCGUCCCGGUAGCCCCGGGCUGCCAGGCAUGCCGGGUCGCAGCGUUAGCAUCGGCUACCUGCUGGUGAAGCACAGCCAGUCCGACCAAGAGCCAAUGUGCCCGAUUGGCAUGAACAAACUCUGGAGUGGCUACAGCCUCCUGUACUUUGAGGGACAAGAGAAAGCACACAACCAGGACCUAGGGCUGGCUGGCUCAUGCUUGGCUCGUUUCAGUACAAUGCCAUUCCUCUACUGUAACCCUGGGGAUAUUUGUUAUUAUGCAAAUCGAAAUGACAAAUCCUACUGGCUCUCAACUACAGCACCUCUUCCAAUGAUGCCUGUGGCAGAAGAAGAAAUUAGGCCAUAUAUCAGCCGCUGCUCUGUGUGUGAGGCCCCAGCUGUGGCAAUUGCUGUCCAUAGCCAAGAAGCUUCUAUUCCUCGCUGCCCUGAAGGCUGGCGCAGUUUAUGGAUUGGAUAUUCCUUCCUUAUGCACACUGCGGCUGGUGAUGAAGGCGGAGGACAGUCGCUGGUCUCUCCUGGGAGCUGCCUGGAAGAUUUCAGGGCUACUCCUUUCAUCGAGUGCAAUGGGGCCCGUGGAACCUGUCAUUACUUUGCCAAUAAGUACAGCUUCUGGCUCACUACGAUUGACCAGCCCUUCCAAAGCAAGCCAUCGGCAGACACACUCAAGGCAGGACUCAUCCGAAGCCACAUCAGCAGAUGUCAAGUCUGUAUGAAAAAUUUAUAGAAGCCUUUCAUAGCAUAAGGAACCUGCCUACCAUCUAGUACUUGUACAGUGAAACCUUCUAGGGUGUUUAAACAUUUGAAUAAAUCAUGUUGGUGCUUUUUUAACUUAUUACCUCAAAAGCGGAACGGAAAGUUAACGUUUGAAAGUGUAUAAAAGCAAAAUAAGCGUAACACAAAUUAAGGUUAACACACAGACCCAGUGCUGUGUUCUCCUGCUAUACAGUACCUAUAUAUGUUUUUGCUAGUCUAACAGGUGUUGCAAAUACUCACGCCUUUGAAGCACAAAAAAAAACCUUCAGAAAUAAAAGCUUACCGUGGUCGGAUACCCACUGCAUUUACUUUAAGAUAAUAUAUACAUCUCUUCUAUUAUGGUAUUUGUCACGACACUAAACACUAACAGCUACGACCCAAACCAUUAACACAUUGUGAUCACGCUGAGUGUUACAGCCUUGCAAAACUCUGACACUGUACAGUGGAAGGUGCUUACGUCCAGCAUUAAAACCUAACUUCCAUGUUUAUUUUACGAUUAGGCAUCUCAAACACACUCAGAACAAUCGGCUUUUAUUGUAUUUGUGGGGUUUUUAUGAGCCUCACAAUUUCCAAGCGCUCUGUCACUAUAAAUAGAGAAGCCCACAGUUGAGUGACCACAAAAUGCAGUCUCUUCCUGUGUUGGUUAGGAGACUAUACGGUAAUGAUCAGCAUAUUGUUUUACAAGUCUGGCCAUUUUUGUUCUAGAUAUGCUCCAGACAGUGCUCUCAGACAUAAGGUUUCAAUGUUGGGUGCUCCCCAGUGGAGCCAGGAGUUGGACUCAGUGGCCCUUGUGGGUCCCUUCCAACUUCAGAUGCUGGUGCAUCUGGUGUCACCAUGCAUCAUGGUGCUGUGAUUACAAAGGUCCACUGUGUUGUGGGCAUUCACCUGUGUGAUGCUACUCACAGCACUGGGUGGUUUUGCAUCACAGCUCUUCCCCUCUGAAAGCAGCCCACUCACCACAAGUAGUGACUGUGUGUUGCUGCAGCAGCAGUCGCACGCAGGGGAGGCUUUCCAGGGCAGCUUAUUGCUCGAUGCCACAUUACCUCCAAAGCCGGAGCCCAUCCUUGUGAAAUCAAAGGGGAAGGAAGUAGGGCAUUUAUUUGGCACCAUCUCUUCCCAUAAAGAAUUGUGUCAUUGCACGCUAGGCUUGGGAAAUGCCCUAAAUAGCCAGCUCUUCCCUUCUAGAGAAGGAAGCAAUUUAACCCAAAAUAUGUCUGUCACUGCUGGGGGGAACGGCGGGGGAAGAAUCAGUUGCAAAUGAUUCUCUUCCUCCUGGCAAAGUCUGGUUCUAUGUUCCCAAACACCAAAAACUGAAAUCAAAGAGAAAACUAAUUGCUGAUAUCAAAGUCACUGGUUCACUCCUGCAUCCGGUGCUUAUUGGCUUUUGUAAUUACAUUCCAUCCUCACUGUGUCAUAAAUAAAUGGGUUUUUUAUACA